AUGUUCUCUAGGCUCUCUUCCACCUCGAACGCGAUUGUGCCUCACAUUCCGCCUGCGAUCCACCCAUCGGGGAGUAGCGUGGAAGGGCACGUCGCCAUCAACCUUCGUCUUGUCCACGAGGAGGACAUUAGCGAGGUUCAAGUCCGUUUGCGGGGAGUCGGGCUGACAAGCGUGAAACAAGGGGAAGACACCGGCUCUGGCAAAACGCAUCUUGUCCGCGACAACGUCACCCUUUGGACCCGUGGGUCCGCGUACCCUGAGCCUGGCUCCGACGUCCUUCCCGUCCCGUUCUCGUUCAAACUUCCCGCACAGCUGCCGCCUUCCUUUCACCAUAGGAGCGUCGGAUGCGACGCAACAGUCCGAUACUCCGUCACUGCGGUCGGCGUCCGAAGGGGGAUCCUGCAUGUGAACAAGCGGCAGUGCGUCCCACUAACUGUCGUCCCCACCGAUGCCGUUGGCGCGUCCAUCAAGCGCGAUAACGCUACCCACGGAUGGACAUCGUACUCCAAGGAUGAGCGCAUCCGGCGCGGCCUCUGGGGCGCAUACUCCAAUGUGUCCGUCCGACUCAGCAUCCCACACAUCCCCGUGCUCCCCAUCGCUUCGACCAUUCCCUACACCAUCACCGUCACGACAACCACCCCGCCGUUGACGCGCGCGCAAGCCGCCGCCCGCCCGCUCUUCCCGCCCAUCCCCCACGACCCAGACGCGCUCGAGUUCAAGCUCCGCCGGCACAUGUUUGUGCGUGCGGGCACCCACAAGACUCGACCGACCGCGGACGCCGCGCACUUUCUCGGCGCGGCCGCGCAACGGGCCGCGAGCCGGGGUGAACCAACGCGCCCGCCAGUGUCGAGGAACGUCGACGGUGGGCAGUGGCUGCCCGCGGCCGCGGAUGGGAGCGAGAAGAAAGGGCGCGCUGAGGACGAGAAGGGGAUGUGGGUCCAGCGCGCCGUGUUCGAGUCCACGUUCUCGAUCGACGUCGCGCCAUCGUUCGCGAUAGACAACUUCAUCGUCUGUUCGUACGAGCUGGUGGUGCGGGUGCCGUUCCCUGGCAUCGGAAAUGAUCUCAGGCUCGAGGUGCCGAUAGUGGUGACUUCGGGCAUCGACGCGACGUUGCCGCAGGCAGGCGCAGCGCAUGGGGCUCCGACGUUGGACCUUCCUCCAGCGUACUGGAACCUUGACGACAAAAGAUGGAUGGACGACGAGAAGACAUAG